CGCCCAGCGGACGGGGUGUAAGGCAGCGACGUCGGCAGGAGCAUGGCCCGUACCAAGCAAACGGCCCGCAAGUCCACCGGCGGCAAGGCGCCCCGCAAGCAGCUCGCCACCAAAGCCGCCCGCAAGAGCGCGCCCUCUACUGGCGGGGUGAAGAAGCCGCACCGCUACCGGCCAGGUACCGUGGCUCUCCGUGAAAUUCGGCGCUAUCAAAAGUCUACCGAACUUCUGAUCCGCAAACUUCCCUUCCAGCGCCUGGUGCGUGAAAUUGCUCAGGACUUCAAGACAGAUCUGCGCUUCCAGAGCGCUGCCAUCGGUGCUUUGCAGGAGGCAAGUGAAGCCUACUUGGUUGGCCUGUUUGAAGACACCAACCUGUGUGCUAUCCAUGCCAAACGUGUCACAAUCAUGCCAAAAGAUAUCCAGCUAGCACGCCGCAUACGUGGAGAGCGUGCCUAAACCUCACUCUGAUGAGUUUGUCAUUCUCGAAGCAAAACCUUCUUCCUGUUAUUGGUAGUAAUGAACGUUAGAUAUUUUUUUUUUCCAUGGGGUUCAAAGGUACCUAAGUAUAUGGUUGCAAAUGGAAAAAUAGAAUUGGAUAUUGGCAAGUUUUCUUUCCAUUUUCAUUUGUGUGUGGAUUUUUAAUAUAAACAAAGGGGACGUAAAUCAUCAAUGUGGUCAAAAACAACAAGAACAACAACAAAAGUUUCAACAAUUCAGCUUUAUUAAAAAAGAAAAAGAAAAAAAAAGAUAUAAAUAAACCUGUCAAAAUUUUCUGGACAAUGCCAGCAUUUGGAUUUUUUUAAACAAGUAAAUUUCUUAUCAAUGGCAACUAAAUGGUGUUUGUAGCAUUUAUAUCAUACAGUAGAUUCCAUCCAUUCACUAUACUUUUCUAACUGAGUUGUCCUACAUGCAAGUACAUGUUUUAAUGUUGUCUGUCUUCUGUGCUGUUCCUGUAAGUUUGCUAUUAAAAUACAUGAAA